CGUACGCAGGGGGAGAGAUAUGAGCGCCAAGGCUCGCUGGAAUUACAACAAGAAGUUCGCUACCCAGGCUCGGUCAAUCUAAGCGCAAGGCACCGACACCGCUGCAGAGAAACGAAGAAUAACAAACGAAAAGACUACAAUCUCUCUCUCGACGAGGAGGACGUUGCCUAGCACGAAAACCCCGCCGCCUACCGACCUCGCGGCGGCAGCUCAAGCCACGCGCCCGCCGAGGCGGAGACCGCCAAGCAGCAGCGGCCGCCAGGGUACACAACCAAGGCACCAGAAACCCUCCCCCAGGUUGCAAUAGUACGGAGACGCUGCGACGGCGAUCAGCAUCAUGUCGACGUCUCGCGCGAUCCUCCGCCUGGCAUCUCGCGGCCCCAGCGGCGGCGGUCGUCGCCGGGUCCUAACUGCCACUGCCACUAGCGGCGCGCAGCGGCAGGUCGAGCGCGGCUCUGCUCAUCCUGCUGCUGGGGGGUCGGCCGCCGGCGCCGGCGCCUCGUAUGGCAGCGUUUCGAGGAACGCUACUGCGGGGUCAGCAGCGGUUGGGCGAUGCGGUGUCGCGACGAACGGGAACAACCGGUUCUUUUCCUUGUCGACGGCGGCGGCGGCUCCGUCGGCGGCUCGGGCUCCGACUCCGACUCCGACUCCGGUCCUGGCUUCCAGGAGCCCUGCGUCCGCGACAGAGUUCGACACCGACUUGCUGGUGGUUGGCUGCGGCAUCGCCGGCGCCUCCGCGGCCCUCCAGGCCGCCAGGCUGGGCAUGACGGUGACCAUGCUCUCCUCUGCCCGCAACGUGGACGACUGCAACUCGUUCUGGGCCCAGGGCGGCAUCAUCUACAAGGCCGAGGACGACUCGCCGGACCUGCUCGCCUCGGACGUCCAUACUGCGGGUGCGGGCCUCUGCAACGAUCCCGCGGUCAUGAAGCUGGCCGAGGAGGGGCCCGGCAGGGUGGAGCAGAUGCUUCUCCGCGGCAGCUCUGAGGUGCCGUUCGACCGAGAUGCCGAUGGCCGCUUGGCGCUGUGCCUCGAGGCUUCUCACAACCGUGCUCGCAUCAUCCACUGGCGUGACGAGACCGGCAAGGCCAUCACCACGAGCGUACAGGCCGCAGCCGCGCAGCACCCGAACAUCCGCGUGAUGACGAGCACCACGGCGGUGGACCUGGCCCUCGCGGCUGGCCAGUGCGUCGGCGCGCACGUUCUGGUCGAGGAUUCCGGCAUGAACGAUGGCAGCGGCAUGGGCCGCGGCGGCGGCUACCACCUGGAGACCAUCCGCGCGCCGGCGACCGUCCUCGCGACGGGGGGGCUCGGCGACCUGUACGCGCACACGUCCAACCCCGCGAGCGCCAAGGGCGCCGGCUUCGCGAUGGCGCUGCGCGCGGGAGCCGUCCUGUCCGGCAUGGAGUACGUCCAGUUCCACCCGACCACGCUCCACAUCCCGGGGCAACGGAGCUUCCUGUUGACGGAGGCACUUAGGGGGGAAGGCGCGAGGCUCGUCGACCGCAGGGGGCGCUGCUUCGCCAAGAACUACCACCCGGACGGCGAGCUCGCCCCGCGGGACGUCGUGAGCCGGACCAUCCUGAGCGAGAUGCGCCUCCAGGGGGCCCCCCACAUGUACCUCGACAUCUCGCACCGUCCCGCGGACUGGAUCCGGGGCCGCUUCCCUUCCAUCUACGAGCACUGCAUGAGGCAGGGGCUCGACAUGACCGUGCAGCCGCUCCCGGUCGUGCCCGCGGCGCACUACUUCUGCGGCGGCGUCGCGACCGACCUGACGGGGCGGACGACCGUACCUGGACUGUUCGCUGCCGGGGAAGUCGCCUGCACCGGUCUUCACGGCGCCAACCGCCUGGCGUCGACCUCCUUGCUGGAGGGCCUCGUCUGGGGCUGCUCGAUCGCUGACCACCUCGCCGACCGCGGCAGCAAGGACUCCAAGGACGGGCUGGCGGCGUCGGCCGACAUGGGCGCUCUCGCGCCGCCGAGGGUCCCGGGGACCGCCGCGGGCGGGGGCGGCCCGGUGGCGUCGGCCAAGGCUCUCUCUUCCGCCUGGAAGGAUCUCAGGACGAUCCUCUGGGAAGACGUUGGCGCCGUCCGCAGGAGCUCUUCCCUCCGCGAGGGCGCCCAGCUCCUCUCGGACCUGGCCGACCGCUGCAGCCGCCUGUACGACACGUCCGCCCUGUGCCCCGAGACGGUGGAGCUCCGCAACGGGGUGCAGACGGGGGCCAUGAUCGCCGCCGCCGCCGCGAGUAACGAGUGCUCCGUGGGGACGCACUUCGUCGAAGAGGAGGACGAGGAGGACGACCACGGGCAAGCCAGGGCCUAGAGCCAAGUGGCGGAGCGUCGUGUCGUGUGGAAUGGCGCCACCACCACCACCAUGUGGACGUUUUUUUGUUCCCACCGCUAACAUUUGGACGACUGGCGUCGUCGGGUCGUGUCGCAUCACGCGCCCACAGCCGACAUGUGGACGACUCGUGUUGUUUUUUGUUCCCACUACCGACGUAUGGACGACAGAUGAUGUGUUUUGUUCCCGUAGCCGAAAUAUGGACGACUGACGUCGGUGUUUGUUGUUCCCACCGCCAACAUACGGACGCCUGGUGUUUUUUUGUCAAAUGUCUGCUGGUACAUUUUUUUGGGUCGAAUCUUUUUUGUCGAGUAUUUAUUUUGUGUGUCUCGCGUGUGUAGGCGUUUUGGUGGGCGCGCACAAACGUGAAGAUGACCCGUGUUUGCGUCUCGAAAGAGCGUAGGCGUUGUGUGCGCGGUCACACAACAUAUAUUGUAGUGACUGUCUAACUGGCUGAGGUUGUUUGGACGUAAGGGUUUGCGAAUGAACAUUAGUACAUCGGUGUCUGCGUUGCAUACAUGAUCGGUUAAGUACUCGGCCUCGCAGCCACGGUAAGGAGAUACAACGCUGUCGGCAGUACCCACAUAUUUCACAUUACGGUGGUUUGGUUUGAGAAAUAAUAGGACGCCGGGCGAGCUCCAUUUUUUGUCAACAUGGGCCCCGAGUGACCCACAGAAGACUUCGCAUCUAAACAUGAAAACCUUGAACGGUGACGUGGGGCGGUGGGCAUUCGAGGGCUCUCUCGUGUGUGCGAUAAAUCCAUUGUGCUUCUAUCGCUUGCCGGGUGUUGUGCUGUGUUCACGCGAAAGAGGCGUGUGGCGACGGGAGGGGGCGUGUUGCACACCCGUCAGGCUCAACGUAGUGGAAGAAGAUGAGGUGUUGCCAAGCACAGGGAGAGGGGGUCUUGGUGACAGGUGCAUAUAUGUUGAAAACAAGGUCGUGGUUGUAGUAGAGGAUACCUGUCCGUCGGAAGAGUAGGAUUUCUGUAUAUUGCGUGUGAGUCGUGGAAAGGUAGGACGAACAUGUUGGUAAAAAAAAAUCGCAAGAGGUCAAAGAGAACUCCGUCCUCGUACAUGCGCGAAUGCAUAGGUCCGUGGAAGAUAACGGAUGGACAUCAAACUUUGACUUGACGUGUCGCGGGUGCGUACCUGCAUUUUUUUUUUUCAUGUCAGGGUUGAUUAAUCGUGCGCGUGUUCGGGCGGGGAGUUAAGGCUGAUGCUGUU